AAAGGGCUUGGCGGUUGGUGCACAUACAAUAAUGAUCACGCAAAUCUUCAUAUUCAUUACUUAUCCGAUAGCAUGGCCUGUCAGCAAGUUACUGGAUUGCCUGCUUGGCGAUGAGUAUCAAGCAUAUGACCGGAAACGCUUGAUGGAGCUAAUUCGCAUGUCAAUCAAGGACGAUAACGGUCAGGUGUCAAAUGAAUUGAAGAUUGCAGUUGGUGCUAUGGAAAUAGUUGAUAAAGUGGUUGAGGAUGUCAUGACAAAGUUGGCGGUAAAUUUUCCAUGUUUAUCUAAAAUAUUAUUAGAUAACUUGGAUGAAUGCACCUAAGU